AUGCCUUUCGUCACUGCUUUCGGCGUCGUCAAAGCCGGCUUCGCCUACCCAAGCGGGAACAGCACUCCCUCAGAUCCGGACGCUCCGGUUCACGUUUCCGCAGUCGAGCCCGGACCCAUCACCACCACCGCCCGUGACCAGUGGCAGCGUCUCCCGGAAGGCGUCCGUCACUUCUUCGGCAUAGUAGACCCCGCCUACGAAGACCGAUGUGCCGCAAAGAGCAAGCGCGAAGCCGAUCUCCUUCGACGCGAGGAGCGGGUAACCAGGCGUGAGGAGCUGGUGAUCAAGCGCGAAAAGAUAGUUAACGCCCGCGAGGAUAGACUCAAAUGGGACAAGAAGUACUGGGAAGAUGUGGGGAAGUGGAAGCAUCGAGAUGAGUUCCGUGCGCAGAUGCUGGAGCGCAGUGAAGCAUACGAUGAAGAGCGGCAGAAGUGUGAAGAUGCAAAGGCGGAGUAUGGUCUCAGGGUGCGCAAGCUCGAAGAACGGAGACAGAGGCUUGUGAAGGAGGAAGAGCUGCACAGAGCCGAGAAAGCGAAGCUCAUCACGAAGAGGAAAGAGUACGAUGCGAACAUGCGUGCUGCGCGUAGCAGAGCUUUUGCUGCUACGUGGAAAGAGGCUCAAGGCCGCUACAAGCAGGAGUUGGAAGAAGAAAUGCAAGCCGUAGAGGCAAAGUACGCUACGCAGUAUGCACAGAGCGUGGGAAAGUUGAGGCAGCAGUGGAAAGAACGUGAGGAGAAGCUCAAGGCCGACAAGGAAGCUGAGCUAGGCGCGGUGUACGAAAAACACAGGAGAGAGUUGGAGGCUCGCGGCGGAGGAAAGACGCAGGAUGCCACGAAGAAAGGAAAGAAGCCAGUGAUAACCUUCACCCACAUGGCAGAAGCGAGCAAGAAGUCGACACCGCCCCUGAACUCACCGCAUACCUCCCACGCAGGCGCCCCCAGGUCGCCAAGCCGCGGACGGAAGAGAACUACUGCCCACGAUGCAGCCACUAGAACCUCACCAAAGCGCCGCCGCGAAGAGGACGAGGGAGAUGACGCCGGCCCCACUUCGCCUUCAAAACGCCAACGCAGCAAGAGUCCUGAUGUUGGCGAAGAGUCUUCUCCUACCUCAGUAAAGCGACGAAGAAGUGGUAGCCCAGAUGAUGAUGGUGACACCACGACUCCAAAGCGGCGCUGUAGUCCACCCCAGACUCUGGACGAAGGUAUGCCAGCGACCCCGAGCGCUCAGCGUGGUGUGGCACCUUUACCUUCCAGCGCUGAGAUCGCGGCCUACCAACCGCCCAAAGAGAUCCCUAGCUUCAUCAUGGAUGACGACGAGGAGUUGUAG